UCUCCUUCUCUAUUUUUAAAACUACCUUUUAGAUUCUCUGUUCUUGUCUGCAACAAUGUCUGAUCCUGUUAUUCAUGCUGAUAAAUUUGCUCCACUCCAUCGGUAGUUAUCUCAGUCCACAGUUUCCUCCGAGUCUAAUUCAUGGCAAUAACCCAAUUAUGGUUUCUGUGAUUCUGUUUUUGUUUCGUCUUAAUUUGGAUAUUAAUGUCAUUUCCUGCUUGCUGGAUGAAGUGUCUCUAUUGCAGAAUUACUCUACAUAUUUUAGUAUCAUUAAAAUAAUAUUUUUGAAGAUCGUAAUCUUGAUGAAUUGAUCUUUUGCUUGAAUUCUUGUUUUAUUUUCCAGUUUAUAUUAUAGUAUUUACUGUACAUGAAUAUUGAUUUGAUUCAAAUCUUCUGUCCUGUUUAGUACAUAAUAUGUAAAGUUUGAACUUUUCUGAGUGAACUCUUGUCGGGUUCUGAUAGAAACUUGGGGUAUUUUCUUUGCUUAAUGUAUCUACUGGGACCAAAAAAGGUCUAUUUCAUUAUUAAGUUAGAUUCAAUGGUGGUCAUAUGCCCUUAUUUUUAGGGUUUUUCCCCAAUUCUGAAGGCAAAUCAAACCCUUUUGUUUGACUGAAAGAGCUGGAGAGAUUUGCAUGGGCCCUAGUUGUGAUUAUAAAGUUCCUCCUAACUUUGAAUUUUAUUGGGUUUUUAUUUUUUGGAUUUUCUCUUUGCGACAAAAAAGAUCUCUGGUUUUUCUAAAGAAGCAGGUCUAAUGUCCAUGUCCAAAUCUUCUUCAAGGUCUGGGUUUGAUUACUGCCAAACUGUUCGUUUAAAUUCCUCUUUGAAAAAUCACAAGGCUGCAAUUUCAGUCUUGGGUUCCAUGGAUGUUUCUCUUUGAAUCUCUUUAGAUUCUCAGUUUUCCAUGUUCAUGAUGCAUGGUGUUAUAAACAGCACUGUGACACUAAAUUUGUAUUACGAUAGCUUUCUCUCCAUUGUUUAGAUUUCGUGACACAAAUUUCGAAUCACGUGUAUAAAUUAUUACAAUAGAGUAUUGACAUGCCAUCAGUCUUGUUCAUGAAUCAGUUCCUGAUCCAAUUAGUAGUGUCAGGGAAUUGAUGAGCUGAGACAGAAGCUUCAAUACACUGCUUUUGAAUUGGAGUCUAUUAAAAUGGAAGCAAAUGAGGAAGUAAGGAAGCACAAGGAAGAAGUCAAGCAUUUGCUCAAUCUUCUAAAGCUUGCUUAUCAAGAAAGAGAUGAAGCCAAAGAUCAAUUGCAGAAACUGAUAAACAAGCUAAUACCUUCUUCAGCUCAAACUGAAUUAAACCCAAUUCUCCCCCAAGUCCCGCCUGAAAGUCCUCUCUUAUUCCCUACAGCAAAAGCCAACUCAAGCAUUACAGAAUCCAACAGCUUAUCCCAUGGCUCCUCUCCAGUUGAUUCGUUCUUCGAUGCAGUCUCUUCCCCCGAUUUCUCGAACAUCAACGUGGCGGAUUCAGCCCAAUUGGGAUUUGUCAAACAGCCUUUCAUGCAAGAUUACAAUUGCUCAAUCCCAAAACCUUUAGUCCCUCAAGUAAUGACUAAAAUUGACCCGGAAAUUGCUGCUAUCGAUAAGCUUGUCAAGGGGAAAACUUUGCCUCAGAAAGGAAAACUUUUGCAGGCUGUAAUGGAAGCGGGUCCACUUCUCCAGACUCUGCUUGUAGCUGGACCUCUUCCUCAAUGGCGAAAUCCCCCUCCUCUGCAAUCCUUCAAGAUCCCACCUGUGUCAAUCAAGAACUAUGAAGCUAAUACUCCAGUUCUGGAUACCCAGAAACCAGCUCUGAAUUCUGUUCAGAAGCCAUUGAAUAAUCCAUCAUCAUCGUAUGUUGAGAUUUCAAGAGGAUCUUCUCAAAUGUGUUCGGCUUCGCUGUUGAACUUUUCGAAUGGGAUGGUUUCCGGCCUGAGCAGCGGCCGGCUACUGAGUUCCGGGCCGAGUUUUAGCAAUCAGAUCCCGACAGGGAAGAGACAGAGGUUUCAAUAGGAUAAAACCAAGAUUAAUUUGGUUAUUAGACUUUUGUGUAAAAAAAAAAAAAAAAAAAAAAACAG